AUGGCACUUAAUCAUAUAGCAGUACAUUUAUUGGCAAUAAAAUGUUCUGCUAUGGCUUAAGCACAAACAAUAUCAAUUUCUCAACGCAAAAUUAAACAAUGUGUUAAUAAUACUCAAUCUGGACUUACUGAUAAACCAUGUAAUGAUUUCUCACAAGGUUGUGUCUCUAAUUGGAUAGGGGGUGUACACCAAAAGAAAUUACUUGUGAUUUACUAAAUGGUAAAUCUGAAACUUGCUCUAAGUUCAUAGGAAAUGGUUAGAAAUGAACUAGAAUGA